GCACACUCAGUGCGCACUAGUUUUCCCAAUGAAAAACGCUAUUAAUUGUUAACGAACGGUGGAAAGACACGCACGCACGCACGCUUUGUGAUCAGGAGAAGAAGGAAGACUUAAGCUGUACAACGGUUUUAUUUUAUCCUUGCACAAGCCUCUCAUCUCGUCUCGUCUUCCCUUCGAUAAUUUAUACGAUUCCUGAUAAAAUAUUUAAACGUUUGCCAAAGCAAUGACCAAGUCGAAGUUGGAGUUACACAUAAUAAUCUUCGAAGACAAUGAAGAUCUGUGGAUCUACAAGGACGUGAGCAAAAUCAACAUCGACGUCACGAGUUUCAAUAAUUUGCUUGAAAAACUGUCUAUCUUCCCAAAUCAGCCAUUCCACUUCGACAUCCUCAGGGAAGGUGAGGGCUGUGUUCCAAAAUUGAUUGCCAGCACUGGCAGCGCUGUGAAUACCUUAGAAUUUACAAACAUGGAAGGGGAAUGCCUAUUGUUCUCGAAAGAAGAAUAUCCAGAGGAAGUGAGAAAAAAGUUAUAAUUGCCUUUUUCUUGUAACUUUUUAAAAUUUUUUGUGUCUAAAACACAUUAUCUUAUUUCUCAUAAAAAAGCAAAAAAAUAAAAGAAUUACCGUUUAGUAUUAUUAUAUUAAUGUUUAUUUUUAUAGACUUCGAGAUGAUGUGUACGUACGUAAAACAUGCUUUCAUAUGUUGGUUAAAUGUAGCUAUUAAUAAGAGAAAUAAUACGCGUGAAGGGACAGGUUUCGGAAUUUACGAAGGCAUUCUUUGUUCAACUUUUUUAAAAAGGCAACACCUCAUACAAUACAGUUCCGAAUAUAUUGCCGCUCUUAGCGGAUUCUCAAUUAAGAGAGGAAAAGAAAGAAGCAGAGGCUGGAGAAGUGAAUCCGGACGUGGGUGGAGAAAAAGGGAUCAACAUUUAUCUUUAAUAUUAAAGGUUAAAAUAAUAAAUUAAUUUGUGAGACCUGAAAUAUAUUCAGUUUGAUUUAUAAUUUUCCACUUUUUAAUACUUUCAAAGACAUUUCUUUAUAUUAUUUCAUUGUAAUAUAUGCGCGCGUAUGCCAUUGUAACAAAAUAAACAUUUAUAAAAAGU